AGGCGGGGAGAGGAGAGAAGCAAGGGAGGAAGAGAGAAUGGAGGAGCUGGGCAGAGAAUUGAGGAAUUUGAAGUGGGAAAUGACAAGGAGACUGAGGGAAGUCGGAGAGAGACUGAGAGGAUUGGAAGAGAGGUUAGAGGCGUUGGAAGGAGAAGGCAUGAGAAGGGAAGAAGAGGUAGCAGGUGAGAGGGAAGAGCUGAGGAGUAUGAGGGAAGAGAGAGGAAGAGGCAGCAGAGAAGAGGAAGCGCAGAGGGACGACGACGAGGAGGGAGAGAUGGAGAAGAGGAGGAUCGGACGGGACGACGGGAGAGAAGGAAGAAGUGGGAAAAGGGAACAGGUGGUUGGAGAGAAGAGGGAGGAGAGGAUGGGGGAAGGCGAGAACAAGAGGAGAAGAGAACGGAGGGAAGAGGAGAAGAAGGGGCGGAAGGACGGAGUCGAGGAGAGCUGGUGGCAGGAGACGAGAGGAGAGGAGGAGAAGGAGAGGAGAGGGGGCGAGGAGAGAGACGAGGAUGAAGGAAGAGGACAAGAGAGGAGCAGAACGAAGGAGGGACAGACAGGAGGAACUGGCAAGGAGGAGAGGAAGGGAGCAGAGAGAGAGGAGCUGGUGGAGUUAAUUGAAAUCUUAUGUUUUUUGUUUUAUGUUACUAGGAGGUGACAGAGGAGAAAUGGAAAGAGACGUGGAAGGGGAAGAGAGUGGUGAGAAAGAGACAGGAGAAGCAGGAGGGAA